UCUGGUUUGUGAGCUCUCCGGGAGUCUGGCCGGGGCAAAACUCCUGCCUCUUCCCUCCUUUCCUUCCUCUGGCCUCUCUGUUUCGUCCUCUGAAGCAACAGGACUCAUUUUUCCUUCCUAAUGGCCCUGGCCCCAUGUUGCUUGGGGUUUCUGCUCCUCCUGGCUUGCUGCUUCUCCUCCUCCGAAACGCAGCUCCUGGACUGGAUUUGGAGCAGCAGAAAGACCACAGGAAGCACGGCGGCACCCAGCAAGGGAACCACAGCACCAGAGCUGCUCGCCUCUGUGGCAGCUCCCACCCCCAACACAUCCACGGGGACGCGGGGUGACCAGGUGGAGGGGGACAUCACCACCCCGCAGCACUGGGAGCAGGAUCCUGGCACAGUAGCACCCAUGGGUGAGGGGACCGUGGCUGAAAACACCGAGCAGUGGGACGGGAAUGCCACAGGGCUGGUGGAGAGCACGGCACAGCCAAGCAUCGCUCCUCCCCGCAGCACGUCACCUGCCCCCGGCCAGGAUGCGGCUACCAGCUCCACUGAGGACCUGCAGCUCCUAGGGACAGGGACCACCAAGGACCUGCAGCUCCUGGGCACAGGGACUGCUGAGGACCCGCAGCUCCUUGGAACAGGGACCACUGACGACCUGCAGCUCCUGGGGAUGGGGACCACCAAGGACCCACAGUUCCUUGGGACAGGGACCACCGAGGACCCUCAGCUCCGUGGGACAGGGACCACCAAGAACCCACAGUUCCUUGGGACAGGGACCACCGAGGACCUGCAGCUCCUGGGGACAGGAACCAGCAAGGACCAGAAGCUCCUGGGGACAGUGACCCCCGCAGUGAUGGGGAUACCGGUGUCCUUGCAGAGACCCGUGGGUCCCUGGCCAGGUAGUGCGCCUUUCCCUUUCUCACCAGGUGAUGAUCCCCACGAGCAGGUGGUGCUGCCCCAGAACCCCACAGCACAACCACCCCAAACCCACCAUGGAGCAUCGCCCGCCCCACCGAACCUGCAGCGUGGCACCGGGCGCUGGGGGCUGGUGCUGGCCGGCAUGAAUGGGAGCCGGAGCCCUCCGUUGCCUAACAGGAGGUUGACUAACAGUGUGGAUCCUCCUCUUGCCGAUAACUCCCGUCCUCUUGGGUUUGAUUUACUAACCUCCGCUGCGCGACUCUACAGUAGCAGUGGCGUGGGGCUUGCAGCCUUCUUACCCAGACUGAUAUCGCCGACUGGCCAUUGCCUGCCCAUCCCGACCCACCUGCCCUUCUGCAGCGUGCUGGGCACCCACCAUGUCAGAUUACCAAAUUACCUCCGCCACGGCAGCGAGGUGGAAAUUCGGGCGGCUUUGCAUGAUUGGGAGGGGCUGCUUGAAUCGCGGUGCCAUCUCUACGUGGAGUGGUUUCUCUGCUUGCUCCUGCUCCCUGGGUGUAGCGCCUCUGUCCCUGUAACCCCCCCGCCCUGCCAAGGCUUCUGCGAGGCCGUCAGAGACCAGUGUUGGAUGCACUUGGCCGGCGGCCGCCUGCCUCUGCCUUGUGAUGCUCUCCCCAAGGAGGAUGAAGGGUAUUCUUGUGUAUUUAUUAAUGCUUCUGCAGAGAACCUGAGCGCUGAGGUCAGCCUCCUGGAGCUGAUUGGAGAUCCCCCGCCAGAGGAGAUCCUCAAAAUUUAUGGCCCUGACAACAACCCUGGCUAUGUCUUCGGCCCCAAUGCCAACACGGGACAAGUGGCCCGGUACCACCUGCCAAGCCCUUUCUACCGGGACUUUUCCCUCCUGUUCCACAUCCAGCCCACCUCGCCCCGGGCCGGUGUGCUCUUUGCCAUCACAGACUCCUCGCAGAGCAUCAUCUACAUGGGCGUCAAGCUCUCGGAGCUGCAGGCAGGCAAGCAGCAAAUCAUCUUCUACUACACGGAGCCGGGCUCACCAAGUUCAAAUGCAGCAGCCACCUUCACUGUGCCCACCUUGCUCAACCAGUGGACGCGCUUUGCCAUCAGUGUGGAGGAGGACGAAGUCAUUCUCUACCUAGACUGUGAGGAGCAUGAGCGGACCCACUUUGAGCGCUCCCCAGAUGAGAUGGAGCUGGAAGAUGGCUCUGGGCUCUUUGUUGCUCAGGCUGGAGGAGCUGACCCAGAUAAAUACCAGGGGGUGAUUGCGGAUUUGAAGCUGCGAGGGGACCCGCGGGCGGCUGAGCGCCAGUGCGAGGAAGAGGAGGAUGACACUGAGGAGGUCUCUGGCGAUUUCGGCAGUGGAGCAGAAGGUGGACACCAGCCCUCAGGGAAAGACAGGGGUGUCCCAGGGCUGGUGGAUGCUGUCCCCGUCACCUCUCCCCCUGUGGCAGCAGGCGGGGGGGUGAGGAGUGGCGGGGGCUCCCUGCAGCAAGCGGAGAGGACCAGAGCAGAGGAAACAUUGCGGGUCUCUGCUGGAGGCACCGGCCCAAAAGGUGAGAAGGGGGAGAAGGGCGAGCGGGGCCUGAAAGGGGACUCGGGGACCGGCAGCAUCGUGGGGACAGGCAGCAUCAAGGGUGAAAAGGGGGAGAAAGGUGAAGUGGGCAUUAAGGGCAGUGCCGGAUUUGGCUAUCCUGGCUCCAAGGGCCAGAAAGGGGAGCCGGGUGACCCCGGUUCCCCCAGGACCCUCUCACGGCAUGCUGAUGGCUCAGUGGUGGAGCAGAUCACUGGUCCCCCGGGGCCACCAGGCAAGGACGGAGCCCCUGGCAGGGAUGGAGAGCCUGGCGAUCCCGGCGAAGAUGGCAAACCUGGUGCCAUGGGGCCCCAGGGGUUCCCCGGGAUGCCAGGGGAGCCCGGGCUGAAGGGGGAGAAGGGUGACCCAGGUGUGGGGCCAAGGGGACCCCCUGGACCACCCGGUCCCCCGGGACCACCAGGACCCUCCUCCAAGCAUGACAAGCUGACCUUCAUCGAUAUGGAAGGCUCUGGCUUUGGCGGUGACCUGGAGAGCCUGCAGGGUCCACGAGGGCCACCCGGUCCCCCAGGGCCACCCGGUGUGCCUGGUUUGCCAGGGGAGCCGGGACGGUUUGGGAUGAAUCAAACAGACCUGCCGGGACCACCUGGGCUGCCAGGCAGGGAUGGGAUCCCCGGAUCCCCGGGGCCAGCGGGUCCUCAGGGUCCUUCUGGAAGAGACGGGGCACCUGGGCAGCCAGGGCCCAAAGGAGAGCGGGGUGAUGUGGGUGACCUCGGCCUCCCCGGUGCACCAGGACCCAAGGGCAGCAAGGGAGAAACAGGACCAGCAGGAGCCCCAGGAGAAACAGGGUUAGCUGGCCUUCCUGGGCCCAUGGGACCCCGAGGGCCACCAGGACCCCCCGGUCCCCCGGGACCACCAGGGCCUGGCUAUGAGGCUGGAUUUAGUGACAUGGAGGGCUCAGGGAUGCCAUUCGCUGCCAGCUCCCCUGGACAACCUGGACCUGAAGGACCACAGGGUGUGCCAGGACUGCCAGGGAUGAAGGGGGAGGUGGGCAGCCCUGGGCAGCCCGGCUUGCCAGGACCAAAGGGGGAUGCUGGUGUGCCAGGUGUGGAUGGUCGCCCUGGCCUGGAGGGCUUCCCUGGACCGCAGGGACCCAAAGGUGACAGAGGCAGCCCUGGAGAGAAGGGUGAGCGAGGCCAAGAUGGUGUGGGGCUGCCUGGCCCUCCCGGUCCACCUGGUCCCCCUGGACAGGUCAUAACUGUCUCGGGUGAAGAUAGAUCUUUGGUGGCUUUGCCCGGUCCAGAGGGCAGACCAGGUCACGCUGGCUUCCCGGGCCCACUGGGACCGAAAGGAGAUCAGGGGCCAUCUGGUCCACAGGGCCCCCCAGGGUUGAAGGGGGAGAAAGGGGAGCCCGGUGUCAUCAUCAGCCCGGAUGGGACUGUGGUCACUGCAAAGGUGAAAGGAGAAAAGGGAGAGCCGGGACUGCGGGGACCAGUGGGGCCCUCGGGUCCCCCGGGAAGAGCAGGGAUGAAGGGAGAGAUCGGCUUUCCAGGCAGACCUGGACGUCCCGGCAUGAACGGGCUGAAGGGUGAGAAGGGUGACCCCGCGGAUGUCAGCAGUGUCCUGGGCUUGCGGGGUCCCCCAGGACCCCCAGGGCCCCCAGGCCCCCCCGGCCCACCUGGCAGCGUAGUCUACGACAGCAGCAAUGCCUUCAGCGAUUCUGGCCGUCCCGUGCUGCCAGCGUUCCCUGGUUUCCACCAGUUUCCAGGACAAAAGGGAGAGAAAGGCGAUACCGGAGCCCCAGGACCCCCAGGCCACUUUCCCUAUGACUUGAGUCACUUUGGUGCCAGCCUGCGGGGUGACAAGGGGGAUGCAGGUCCCAAGGGUGAGAAGGGUGAGCCAGGCAGCACCCCACUCUAUGGUCCUAGUGUCUCCGGGCUGCCAGGACCACCAGGGCCCCAGGGCUACCCCGGGCUGCCGGGUCCUAAGGGGGACAGUAUCGUUGGGCCGCCGGGACCUCCUGGACCUCAGGGUCCCCCUGGUAUUGGAUAUGAGGGGCGACAGGGCCCCCCUGGCCCUCCUGGUCCCCCUGGUCCACCCUCCUUCCCAGGCCCCCACAGACAAGCUAUCAGCAUCCCUGGCCCCCCUGGACCACCGGGACCCCCUGGACCACCAGGCACCAGCGGGAUGUCCUUGGGGCUGCGUCCCCUGCCGACCUACCAGGCGAUGCUGAGCGCCGCACACGAGCUGCCCGAGGGCAGCCUUGUCUUCCUGACUGACCGGCAAGAACUCUAUGUCCGCCUGCGCGGGGGCUUCCGCAGGGUGCUGCUGGAGGAGCACACCCUGAUCCCCAGCUCGGCUUUGGACAAUGAGGUGUAUGACAAGGCCCCCAGCGUCCACUACGCCGGCCCCCAGCCCCCCCUCCAGCCCCGUGGACCCCUUCACCCCCUCCGCAACCAUAGUCCCCCACCCACCGCCCGGCCCUGGCGUGGGGAUGAGGUGGUGGCCAACCAGCACCGCCUGCCUGAGCAACCCCUGCUCCACCACCAGCACGAGCUCCUUAACAGCUACUACAUCCACCGCCGGCCGGAUCCGGCCCCCGUAGCUGCCCACGUGCACCAGGACUUCCAGCCCGCUCUUCACCUGGUGGCCCUGAACACGCCGCUGAGCGGCAGCAUGCGUGGCAUCCGCGGUGCCGAUUUCCAGUGCUUCCAGCAAGCCCGGCAGGUCGGGCUGGCUGGCACCUUCCGUGCCUUCCUCUCCUCCCGCCUGCAGGACCUCUACAGCAUUGUGCGCAGGGCCGACCGUGCUGCCGUGCCCAUCGUCAACCUCCGGGACGAAGUGCUCUUCAGUAACUGGGAAGCCCUUUUCACGGGCAGCGGGGCCCCACUGCGAGCUGGUGCCCGCAUCCUCUCCUUUGACGGCCGGGAUGUCCUACGGGAUGCAGGAUGGCCCCAGAAGAGCGUCUGGCAUGGCUCAGAUGCCAAGGGCCGGCGCUUGCCCGAGAGCUACUGCGAGACAUGGCGGACGGAGGAGCUCACAGCCACUGGCCAGGCCUCCUCGCUGGGCUCCGGCAAGCUGCUGGAGCAGGUGGCCAGCAGCUGCCAGCACAACUUCAUCGUCCUCUGCAUCGAGAACAGCUUCAUGACUGCUGCCAAAAAGUGACACCACCUCCCCCUGCCCUGGGUACUCCCCAUCUCCCUGGGGAGGGUCAGACCAGCCUGCAGCCCAGCACCCUGGUGGUCCUGGCCCCUCCAUCUCCUGCCCUCACCCCACAAGGUUUUCUUCUCCUCCCACAGACCUGAAACCAAAGAGUGUGGCCAUUGCCUGGGCUGGCUGCCUUCCUCCUCCUCUUGCUCCACUUCUCUUCUAACCCCUAAUAUUUAACCACUUCAGCUUGUGUGCACCACCUGCUCAGAUGCUCUUGUCAGGGUGGCUGGGAAGGAGGAUGCUGGGCAGGGAGAUUUCAGCGCUGCCGUGUAGUGUGUCCUCCUGGAAAGCCUGUGGGGAUUUCUCUGACUCCUCCACACCAGCUCCACACUGUCCUCACCAGGAACUUGGGGCUGAACCCAGAUCCCCACUGCUGGGGCCAUGGGGUCUUCUCCAGCCAAAACCCCGACAUCCCAUCCAAGCAAAGGACUGUCCUGUGGCCAUGUUUGGGCUCCCCCCAGCUGGUCUCUGUCCUCCCCAGGUAAGGUCCAUUCCACCUAGUCCUCCAUCACCAUCAUCAUCCUCACCUCCAUCCCCAGCUAGCAGCUCGAAAGCCUUGGCGGGGUGGGGGGGCCUGGUCCCCCUAAUUUCCUCCGCACACCCUUGGGACCCUGUGCCGUGCCACCCACCCUGGGUACAGCUGCAGUCAGGCCAGUGCAGGGAUCGCGGUGAUGGGGUGGCCCCGACAUGGGGCCGGGCAUGUCCUUGGUGUGUGUGUACAAGUGUGUACAAGCGUGUGUGUGUUGAGCACGUGUGGUACCAAGGGCAGGUGCCCCCAUCGUCCCCCCGCUCCCUGCGCCACCUUUGCUGCGCUCUAAGGGCCAAGGCGCAGCAAAGUUGGUUUGAAUUGGUGUGGGCAAAUCCAAGGUGCUAAAAAAAGAAAAAAAAAAAACAGAAAAAAGAUAAAUCUGUAACUAGCUUUUUAUUAUUGUAUGGAAAUUAUUACCAUAAAAGCUGUGCGAGUCACACGGUCUCUAUUUCUUACAGUCUACUGUAUUUUGUGUAAUUAAUGCAAUUUAAAGCCUGUGGAUCUUUAUAUUUUUUUUUUGUCAGUUGUGUCCUAUAAACCAUUUUCUGAAGGCACUGAAUAAAGAAACAUUAUUCUCUUGUA